CGCGCGCACACACGCACGCUCGGGCGGGGGGAGUCGAGCGAUCGUGUCGCGGAUCGGUGUCGGAGCACAUCCCAUCCCAUCCCUCGUUUCAUAAUCGAGGAAGAAGACUUGCUUUCGGGGACGAGCGUCGCCGCCGCCGCCGCACUGCGAUCAUGGCCCAGGCGCUGAAGGAGCGAUUGGACCGCUUCCUCCAUGAGAAGAACUUCAUGACGGACCUGCUGGCCAAGGUGGAGGCCAAGACCGGAGUGAACAGGUCCUACAUCGCCAUGGCCGUGAUGGCCGUGGUCGGGAUCUACCUGGUGAUCGGCUACGGCGCCUCCCUGCUCUGCAACCUCAUCGGCUUCCUGUACCCCGCGUACAUCUCGAUCAAAGCCAUCGAGAGUCCUGCCAAAGAUGAUGACACGAAAUGGCUCACCUACUGGGUGGUGUACGGGGUGUUCAGCGUGGCCGAGUUCUUUGCCGACAUUUUCCUCUCUUGGUUCCCAUUCUACUACAUGGGAAAGUGUGCGUUCCUGGUCUGGUGCAUGGCCCCCACUCCCUCCAACGGCUCCGUCGUGAUCUACAACCGCAUCAUCCGCCCGUUCUUCUUGAAGAACGAGGCCAAGCUCGACCGCGUGGUCAAGGACCUCUCGGACAAGGCUUCCGAAGCAGCGGGCAAGGUCAAAGAGGAGGCUAAAAAAGCAACAGCAAAUCUCAUUUUUGAAGAGAAGAAGAAUUUCUAAUGAGGGUCUCGGGAUU